AUAAUCUGUGAAAUACAUUUAUCAUUACAAAAUGAAAUCGUGGGGAUGUUGUGAUAAUAUUGACUUGGACGACACCAGGUCCGUUGACUGUGUCAUGUGUAAAUUAUAUUUUCACUUAAGUUGCGUGUGGGCCCCGGGCUUUGAGCCGGAAUAUGCAAGUUUAGCUGACUGGAAGUGCCCGGCAUGCGUAUCUAACAUACCGAAAGGCACCAGACAUGACUCGACUCCUGUUCGUAACGUAACCACUGUCAGAGGAAACAAGAGGCCGGCCCUGAACUCGCCCCCGACUCCCGCCGCGGCCGUCACAGCCGAAGACGUCCGUACCAUAGUCCAGACCCUACUGAAGCAAGAACUAGAGAACACUGUUAAAGAGAUCACUUCCUCGUUGAGCAAAACAAUAGCAGAUCACCUAGAACCUAUAAAAGCAGAAAUUAAGGAGAUGAAACAAUCGAUGGAUUUCAUGAGUUCGCAAUUUGAUGACAUGGAAGUUGAAAUCGGUAAUGCGAAGAAAAAGAUGGCUGAAAUGGAAACAGAAAAUAGGAACCUGAAGAGUACUGUCGCAGACUUGACUCAGCAUAUUAAUAAUCUAGAACAGCAAUCCCGUACUAACAAUUUGGAAAUACAGUGUGUUCCAGAAAAUAGAAAGGAAAAUUUAUAUACUAUUAUUAACAACCUGGCACAGACAGUAGGAUGUGACAUAAACAGCAGCAUCACGAAUUGCACCCGCAUUGCAAAACAAAAUACCGAAUCGGCUAGACCCCGCUCCAUAGUAGUACAGCUUGCAUCCCCUAGAGCCCGCGAUGCGUUGCUUGCCGCUGUUUUAAAAUUCAACAAAGCCAACCCUCAAGACAAACUUAACUGCGCACAUCUCGGAUUUUCGGGCAUAACUUCAUCGGUUUUCGUCGUGGAACACUUGUCACCUGCCAAUAAGAAGUUGCACGCCGCCGCCAGGCACGCUGCUAAAGAUAAAGGCUUCAAAUAUGUUUGGGUUCGAAAUGGGAGGAUCUUUAUAAGGAAAACAGAUGAAAGUGAAGUCAUAUACAUUAAAAACAUAGAGAUUUUAAACAAACUAAACUAAUCAUUAUAUAAUUUAAGUAUUAACU